AUGACAAAACCUCAGGCUGCUUCCUGGGCGCUGCAGCUCGAGUCACCUCCCGCAGCUAAAUCGAAGAGUUCGAGCAUCCCCGACCCGCCAGGCUUCCACAGCAGCAGCGUUAGCAACAAGAAGUCUGGUAAAGAUGCGAAAGUCCAGCCUCGACAAGCGAAAACGCCCGAAGAAAUGGACACGCUAAAGUUGAAGAAGGCCUGGGAGGUUGCGCUUGCGCCAGUCAAGAGCUUGCCUAUGACGGCCAUCAUGAUGUACAUGUCCGGCAGCUCCCUGCAGAUCUUCAGUAUCAUGAUGGUAGUCAUGGCUUUCAAGAAUCCUAUGAUGGGAAUCGUCAACACUCAACAGGCAUUUGAGCGCUUCGAAUCGCCGUCCGUCUCGGGACGCCUGCUGCAAGUCAAGCUCGUCUACGUAGUUUGUCAGCUAGUGGCAUUGGCUGUGGGAAUCUGGAAGGUCAACCAGAUGGGGCUGCUACCAACCACGCGGUCAGACUGGCUGAUGUGGGAGGCCCAGCGACAGUCACUCGAGAAUGCGGUUCCAGCAUUAUAG